AUCUCUUGCUGCUUGGUUAGUUACUGAUAUAAACAGCUGGAGGUAUUGAAGUGCAGAGCUUAGAUACAGGCAGAGCACUGAGGGGGUACUCAGGAGGAUUAUAGCUCUGUGUACUGAAAUCUGGGAGACAGAAGAAGGAUUAGUGGGGAAGGGCAAAGAGAGCAGGAUUUAUCCGCUUUUCAAAUAUGCAUUACAGCUUUUUCUAAUAUUUCACUGGAUUGUCUAAGACUCUGCCUCAUAAUAAGAAGAGUUCCUUGACCAUAAAAGAAAGGUUUCCUCUCCUUCUGGAAUCUGAUGUUAUGAAGUGCAACUGGCCACAGUCAUGGAACUGUUCAUAAGUUCACCUGAACCAGAUCAGCUGCCCAGAAACCCCACGGUUCUAUGGAUAUAAAGCAUGAUGCCAUUGUAGUUGCUGUUGCUACUGAAAAAGACCAUUUUUAUGGGAGAGUGAUGGGAUGAACUUAUGGGAGGAACUAAUACAAUUUCAAACGGUGAUUCAGGGGCCGUUCUGAAGGCGUGAAGUGCCCAGUUUCAGUAAGGGUAUGGCCAAACCUUUUUUCAGACUACAGAAAUUUCUUCGGCGGACCCAGUUUCUGCUCUUCUUUCUCACAGCAGCUUACUUAAUGGCUGGAAGCCUUCUCCUAUUACAGCGAUCCCGCUUGGUUAUCCAACAAGGCACACGUGGGACCUCAAAUAUUCAGGUCUCACCGGUUUCAGACAUGGUGAUAGGAGUUGGAAUCCUAGAUACCAGGACAAUGCAAAACCCUCGUUUGAGUUCUAAGCUUCUGGUGGACAUGGAUGUGCUCCAUGACCCAACAUCAGAUCAGAGGUAUGGGCCACGGUGGCUAAUGUCCCGGAACUCAGAACUGAGACAGUUAAGAAGAAGAUGGUUUCACAGGUUCAUUAAUGAACAACAACCCAUGCAAGUAAUGGGAUCUAAGAUGAUGCAACAUACAGGUGAAAACAAAGGCACUUACGUUGGAUGCUUCAGUAAUGAUUCCAGGGAGAAGACAUUGAAGGGAGCUGUGUUUUAUGACUUAAGAAAAAUGACAGUAUCUCAUUGUCAGGAAGCUUGUGCUGAGAGGGCUUAUACCUACGCUGGCUUAGAGUAUGGUGCAGAAUGUUACUGUGGGAACAAGCUCCCAGUAACUACUGCAAAGCAAGAAGAGUGCAACAAUGAAUGUAAAGGAGAGAAAGGUUCCAUCUGUGGUGGGGUGAACAGGCUGUCUGUCUACAGGGUGGAGGAGCUGCGGGCAGGGGCCAAACGACGGAGGAAUGUUAUCUAUCGAGGAUGUUUUAGAGCUCCAGAAAAUUUAACAGUCACCUUUCCAGCCUCUUUGAUACAGUCCAAUUUGACAGUGGAGAUGUGCUCUGAAUUUUGCUCCAAGAAAGAAUUUCCCUUGGCAAUCAUCGGAGGGCCAGAAUGCUACUGUGGCUAUCCCACAAUGCAUUUCACUCUUCACGACAGCGUGGACAGGUUGUUCUGCAGCAGACUGCAGAACGUCAGUAGUAUGGCUGAGGUGCCAAGAGAAGAGAAUUACUAUCAUGUCUAUCAGACUCCAGUACAAGACACCCGAUGCACAGAUAGGAAAUUCCUCACUACCAAAUCCAAAGUGUUUGUUGCUUUGUCUAGUUUUCCUGGGGCCGGGAAUACCUGGGCUCGUCAUUUAAUAGAACACGCCACUGGAUACUACACUGGAAGCUAUUACUUUGAUGGAACCCUGUACAACAAAGGUUUUAAAGGAGAAAAAGACCACUGGAGAAGCAGGAGGACUAUCUGUGUGAAAACACAUGAAAGUGGCAAGAGAGAGAUCGAAAUGUUUGACUCCGCCAUCUUGUUGAUAAGGAACCCAUACAAAUCUCUAAUGGCAGAAUUCAACCGGAAAUGUGCUGGCCACCUGGGAUAUGCAACAGAUAGGAACUGGAAGAGUAAAGAGUGGCCAGACUUUGUCAACAGCUACGCCUCAUGGUGGGCCUCUCACGUCUUAGACUGGUUAAAAUAUGGAAAACAUCUUUUUGUUAUUCACUAUGAAGACUUAAAACAGAAUCUCAUCUCCAAGCUGAAAGAAAUGGUGGAAUUCCUAAACAUGACGGUGACAGAGGACCGACUGCUCUGUGUCGAAAACAACAGAGAUGGGAAUUUCAAGCGGUCAGGUGCUAGGCAGAAGGAUUUUGAGCCGUUUACCCAGGAAAUGAAAGAUCUUAUCAACAGCUACAUCCUGACAGUGGAUGAAGCACUGAAAAGAAGAAACCUGACUGGGCUGCCAAGAGAGUAUGUUCCAAGAUGAUAUCCCAGUUGCCGUUAGCUGUGUUUUUAAAAUAAAAUAAAAAUAAAUAAAUACGA